AUGGCCGAAAUUACUGGGCCUCGACCUCCGAGCACCUCCACACGCGCAGCGAACGCGCACCGCGUCCACAGUAGCUGCGAUCGGUGUCGGAGCAGGAAGACCAAGUGUAUCGACCCUAUUCCCGGACCAUGUCGUUAUUGCGCCCGCACGGGAGCUCCAUGUACCAUUGCUACCCCGCGGAGGAAGCGGCCGUACUACCAUGUGACCGAAGAGGAGUAUCAGCUCUCCAUGAGCAUCUUAUCGCGAGUCUUCCCUGGCCAGGAGCUGAACCUUCAGUCAUUGCGCAAAAUAUCCAAAGGCAUCAAAGAUGGCUCAUUGGUGUUGCCUACCUUGAACGCAGACAGCUACUUUGAAUCACACGAAUCUCCAGAAGAUGACGACGGCUACUCGAGUGCGGAUACCCCAGGCGAGUGGUCGGUCGACGGGGAUAAUCUACACGAACCGUUGGGUAGUAUGAUGAAAGACUCAAAGGGCGUCUUACGCUACGUCGGCGCCCAGAGUGAUAUACCUUUCAAUGGGGCCGUUGUCAACUUCUGUAAGACUGUUCAGAAAACUGAUAUCAUUCCAGCAGCCAGAGUUGGGCAUUACCCACCAAGAGAGGAGAGCGAAAAGGAUGUGUUUUACCUUCCACCAAAAGAAACUUGCUUCCACUACGUUCGAAGAUAUCGUGAAGAGGUGCAUUGCAUGUAUUGGCUCUAUCCCGAAGAGAAGCUCCUGCAGCGGAUCGAGGAUACAUAUACAUGGUAUGCGCCGCCUUCCACACAGGGUGCAAUCAAGCAUGAUAACAGCGGCACGCCUACUCCGCCCCUUAGAAGGGGUGAGCGUCCAUCGAGUUCAUGGAUAUGCUCCCUAUAUGCAAUGUUUGCCAUUGGAGCCUCACCCCGAGACCGCAUCGACCACUCGCCUUCGCCAGGACUACCCUCACACUUAGCUCCCAAGACAUCAGAAGACUACCUUGCCCUAGUCAAACAGCUCAAACCAAAAGUGGAGGAGAGUGCCGACAUUGACAGCAUAAGAGCACUGGUUAUAUCAGCUAUCGCACUCGAGAACGCUUUAAGCAGGGUCACAGCAUACCUUUACAUUGGGACUGCUGUCCAAACAGCGUUUACGCUGGGACUACAUCGAGACCAGCUACCCAUAUCAGGUACAGAAGAAGACCGCGAAGAAAAUCGCCGCAUAUGGUGGACACUGUUUACCCUUGACUUGGAAAUUGGGAUGAGAGGGGGAAGUCCAUCCUUGAUUGAUGAGAGAUACGUCAAAAUCACGACGUUGAUGCCGCACGAGAGGGUUCCACCUUCGUUUCUAGGCUUACAUACACCGCUCAAAUGGUUAUCAACCUUUGUGUCACUCAGCCGGCUGAAGCGCGAAGUCAUCCGAGAGAUUUACACCGAGCGAGAGUCCAAGUUGAUAUCAUUUUCAACGGUCUCGAAUUUGCUAUUGCUGCUUCGAAAGUGGCAUCGAACGAUGCCUGUACACCUCAGGCUCGAUUCUUGGGACACCGCCCCAACUUACUAUAGGCGUGCGAUAAUGGUGCUUCACCUGCACUACUGGAGUACAAAGAUACUCCUCACAAGGCCAUUUCUACUGAACCUUGUCUUGAAGCGCGCAGAAUUGGCCUCGACUAGUAAAAUUGGAUAUGAGAAGAUGGCCAUGGUAUCCGUUGACGCGGCGAGAAAGAUCGUUGAACUGUGCCAGAGGAUGGUUCAAGACCAGACGAUAUCCAGCUUGACGACAUUGGACAGUACGACAGUGCUCCGCUGCGUCACUAUCUUUAUGUGCGCCUUUGGUUACUUUCAGAAGGCUGAUCACAAAAAGGACGCCAACGAUUGUUUGGCCAUCGCCAAAAACAUGGAGCAAACUGGAUUCGCUAGCAUGAUUGUAAUGGAGACGCCCAUGCAUCUCCAAAACCUUGGCAUGAGCUACCAGCCCACACCCGAUUUCCAUCACGAGAGCUAUGUACCGGACGAACAAACAAUAGCCGAAAUGUGGAACAAUUACCAGAUGACCUCACUUCAGACUCAACAAACGCUGGACCUGGACUUUGAUGACUCUGGCGCGCUCGAUGCCAACACUAAUAUUCUAGCGUUUGAAUAUUUGGAUGAACCUACCAAAGUCUUCCAUUCUCCGCAGCCCUACUCAGACUACGAUUUGUGGCGGCGACGCCAAUAG